CAUUUCUCAGAUGAACUGAUGCUCGAACCAAAACCAGAAGGAUUAAGAAAACUUUUGGGUCGUCGUAUUCAAAUCACCAUCGUUGACGGUCGAGUGUUUACUGGAAACUUUAUUUGCACCGAUCAACGUUGUAACAUUGUUUUAGAUCAUGCAAUCGAAUAUCAACCAAAAACCAAUCAAACACGAGAGGUAGCUCUAAUUACUAUCUCACUUGAACAUCUUGUUACUAUUAAAGCUCAGGCUCAAGAUAUCAAAACCGAAGAAGAAGGAAAACUCUCUGAUCUGAAGAAUGUGAUUGUAUAG